AUGAAGGCGGCUCAGGCGUUCGCGCAAACUAAUAAUCUUGACAAGGAGAUGGAUGAAUGUAUUGAAAAAUUGAAAGCCUUGGAGUGGGGAAAUUCUGAUCCGAAGUACAUCACUGCACUUAUGUUGUUCGCUAAAAAUCCUGGUUACAUAUGGAUAAGGAAGAAAAAAAGAAUUGAAAGAAUAAAAGCUAACGAAUCGGAAGAAAUUGGGCAUGCAUAUACACAAGAUUUGAUACAUGGAGAUCCUAUACAAUGUUUUGAUAUGAUACGUCUUUCACAAUAUGCAUUUGUAUUAUUAUGCAAUCAUUUUACUCAAAGAAAUUGGUUGCAACAUAGUAGGACAAUAAGCGUUGAAGAGAAGAUAACUAUAUUUUUACAUGUUGUAGGACAUAAUGAAUGUUUUCGAGCUGUUAAAGAAAGAUUUCACCACUCCAUACAAACGAUUCAUCAAUGUUUUCAUGAAGUGCUAAAAGCAAUGAUGUGCUUCGCAAGAGAAAUUAUUGUACCAACAUCUUCUAAUACAACAAAAAAUACCUCAGAAUGUUAUAGACGGCUAAAAAACAUAUUUCCUGGAGCAUUAGGUGCACUAGAUGGAACACUUGUACAUGCAGUUGUGCCCAUUGAUGAACAAACUCGCUAUAGGGGAAGAGGAAAAGAUAAAUAUUACCUUUGUGAUGCCGCAUACACCAACACCCGUGGAUUUAUGGCUCCUUACCGCAAUACUAGGUAUUGGUUAGCUGAUUUUCGAAGAAACAGAGCUUUAACUAAGGAAGAAAGGUUAAAUCAUGCUCAUGCACAACUUAGAAAUUUCAUUGAACGUGCUUAUGGUGUAUUGAAGGCGAGAUUUCCAAUUUUAAAACGUAUGGCUCCUUAUCCUUUUCCAGUGCAAAGAGACAUAGUCAUUGCCUGUGUCGCGGUCCAUAAUUUUAUAAAGAAGUACGAUAUUGAAAAUGACCUAUUUACGAGCUUUGAACAAAACAAUAUGGUUACUCCUAAUGUGGGAGGUGGAGGAAGUGAGGGCCAAAACAUACAAGGCAUAGAAUGGGGUUCGGAAGCCGUUGAGUAUAUGACUACUUUGCGUGACCAGAUUGCUAAUUAG